AUGUCCGAGGCCGCAUUAUGUGCGUGAGAUGCAACAUGCAGAUCAAUGUAUUGAAAAGCCUCAUUGAAUUGAUUGUGGCAUUGGAGUACAACAUGGCCAACAGGGUUGCAGACCUGACAAACAGGUUUGGCAGAGAGAUUGCAAUUACUGGGAGCAGAACUAGAAUUAUUGUUACUGUGAGAAUUGCGAUUAAGGCCGCGACCACCACUAGAUCUAGAAAAUUGGCCAUUGUGGGAACCACUGUUGUUGUGUUGUCCAAAGCCACGAUCACCAUGGCAACUACAAUUACCACGAUACUGUUGUGA